CGCGGGGCGCGGGGCGCCGGCCCUGGCGGCGACGGAGGCGGGCGAGCAGCGGGAGGCGGAGCGCAAGUGCAGCAAAGUUACUCGGCCUUGCUCCGGGCCCGGGGGCCGCGUGCUGCCGGCGGGAGGAGCGAAGCGGGGCUCGGCGGGCUGAAACCCGAAACCUUGCGUCCCGGGCGCGGCGCGCAAGGAGGAAGCGGCGGGGAGGCUGCCGGGCCCUGAGCAGCGGCGGCGCUUCGGUGAACCCCGGGCUGGGGGGGCGCAGGCCGGGGUGGGACGGGCUGCCCGGGGAUGCAGCUGCGCUGAAGGCAUUGUGCUGGGCGCCGGCCCGGCUGGGUCUGCAGCUCCCCUCACCCACCCACCGUCCCUGGAUCCCCCUGCCCCUUCGGCGUUCCGCUUCUCCCGGAGCCCCUCUCUCCCUCGUCGGAGUCUCAUUCCCGGCUGUACCGCGCCUUGCUUUGGGGGGAGCUGGCGCUUUUGCGUCUGGCUUUGGAGCUCUUUGUGGGAAGAGCCUGUGGGGCGCGCCCCUCCAAUCGGCCAGAGGCUCUUCAGAAGCCCACCUGGUUCUGCUGGGUGCAGCCGGUUCCAUUCCUUCGGAUCCCCUCUGCACAUCCCCAGGGAAGGGAGAGCAUCAGUUCGUGCCCCGGACUCAGCCGAGGUGGGCCGCGCCCCCUGCGGCCCGCUCAGGAAUGGGGGUGUGGGGAGCAGCGGCUACAACCCUCGGCUGGAACCCGUGAGGACCAGUCGUCCAGCAUGCUCUGCUCACCGCAUCCCGAGGGGCACUGACCAUGAGCCUCAACUCCUCCCUCAGCUACAGGAAGGAACUGAGCAACCUCACUGCAACAGAGGGUGGUGAAGGGGGUGCCGUCUCUGAGUUCAUCGCCAUCAUCAUCAUCACUGUCCUCGUCUGCCUGGGCAACCUGGUCAUUGUAGUCACCUUGUACAAGAAGUCCUACCUCCUCACCCUCAGCAACAAGUUCGUCUUCAGCCUGACCUUGUCCAACUUCCUGUUGUCGGUGCUGGUGCUGCCGUUCGUGGUGACUAGCUCCAUCCGGAGGGAAUGGAUUUUCGGCGUGGUUUGGUGCAACUUCUCUGCCCUCCUCUACCUGCUGAUCAGCUCAGCCAGCAUGCUCACGCUUGGGGUCAUUGCCAUCGAUCGCUACUACGCCGUCCUGUAUCCAAUGGUGUACCCCAUGAAGAUCACAGGGAACCGAGCUGUGAUGGCUCUCGUCUACAUCUGGCUCCACUCUCUCAUUGGCUGUCUGCCGCCCCUAUUUGGUUGGUCAUCGGUGGAGUUUGAUGAGUUCAAGUGGAUGUGUGUGGCCGCGUGGCACCAGGAACCCGGCUACACCAUUUUCUGGCAGAUCUGGUGUGCCCUGUUCCCCUUUCUCAUCAUGCUAGUGUGCUACGGUUUCAUCUUCCGGGUGGCCAGGGUCAAGGCCCGAAAGGUGCACUGUGGCACGGUGGUCACUGUGGAGGAGGACUCUCAGAGGAGCGGGAGGAAGAAUUCUAGUACCUCCACUUCCUCCUCCGGCAGUAGGAGGAAUGCCCUUCAAGGAGUGGUCUAUUCAGCUAACCAGUGCAAAGCCCUCAUCACCAUCCUGGUGGUCAUUGGCGCCUUCAUGGUCACCUGGGGCCCCUACAUGGUUGUCAUUACCUCAGAGGCACUCUGGGGGAAGAACUGUGUCUCCCCAACCCUGGAGACUUGGGCCACAUGGCUGUCCUUUACCAGUGCCAUCUGCCACCCUCUGAUCUACGGACUCUGGAACAAGACUGUGCGCAAGGAGCUCCUGGGCAUGUGCUUUGGGGACCGUUAUUACCGGGAAUCCUUUGUGCAGCGACAGAGGACCUCCAGGCUCUUCAGCAUUUCCAACAGGAUCACAGACUUGGGUCUGUCCCCACAUCUCACGGCGCUCAUGGCAGGCGGACAGUCCCUGGGACACAGCAGCAGCACCGGUGACACAGGCUUCAGCUACUCUCAGGAUUCAGGGACGGAUGUGAUGCUGUUGGAAGAUGGCACUUCUGAGGACAACCCUCCCCAGCACUGCACUUGCCCACCCAAGAGGAGGAGCUCCGUGACAUUUGAGGACGAAGUGGAACAGAUCAAAGAGGCCGCCAAGAACUCUCUUCUUCAUGUGAAAGCUGAAGUACACAAAUCCUUGGACAGUUACGCAGCCAGCUUGGCUAAAGCCAUUGAGGCUGAAGCCAAAAUCAACUUAUUUGGGGAGGAGGCUCUGCCAGGGGUCUUGUUCACAGCACGGACCGUCCCAGGGGCUGGCUUUGGGGGCCGUCGAGGCAGCAGAACUCUUGUGAAUCAGAGGCUGCAGCUACAGAGCAUCAAAGAAGGCAAUGUCUUAGCUGCAGAACAGAGAUGAAAGCUUCAGAGGGGAGCGGGGCCGCAGCGGAGCUACCGGGACUGGUGCCUGUGCCAAGACCCUGGAACAUGUCACCACUCAGAGAGGGCCAGACGCCGGGAAGGAAACAUCUGGUAUGCAGCCAGGAGGAUUGAAAAUACUGUCUCCAGUCUCUGACUUCAGUUGUCUUCUGUAAAGCACAUGUGGGCUGCUUCAGGGCUCCUGGGAUGGAACGAGGCUUCGAAAGCACACGUUAGAAGCAGAUGGAGAUGUGGCUGGGGCAUCAGGAGGACUAGAGAUGGUGGAUGUGAAAGGGAAGCCACCAUGUGGCUCUUGUCUUCAAUGGUAUCCAGCUGCUUUAGCUGUCCCUGGUCUCAGUGAGGCCUCUAGAGGCAAUCCCUACUCCGUGCCCCUCAUGGGGACAGAACGGCUCACCCUAGCACUGUCAGACCAUCUGGGGGCUCUGUGUAGUUGAUCCAGGAAGCGUGGGACCACAAGUACUAGACUAAAUGCAAAAACAGUCCAGAGAGCAUCCGAGUAGAGCACCCCACAUAGACACCCCAUAUCUAUUGCCCUAGUUAGGACUUGCUCUUGGGUAGCACCUGCUGCUGGCCAAUAGAAACAGCCCACAGGCCACCCAAGAUGUGGCCACCCCACCCACUUCCUUGUUGACAGAUUUUUAUUAUUACUAUUAUUAUUUGAAAAGAAGGGAGAAACCACUAUGAAAGACAAGGGCGAAUACCAAGCACUUCAUUUCCAGAAUAAUAAAACCAGGAGGUUAGGGCAUAUCACUAAGCCUGGGACUUGAGGUCAUACGCAGAUGAGGGGAACUUGGGGGGAAAUCCCUCACACGGGAGAUAUAGGAGAUGCUAGAGUGACUGGCAAACAUAGCUGGCCUCACUUUCCAGAGGCAAUUGUGACUGUCAUAGCAAGUUUGGGGGCUGGCACAAAGGUAGAAAGGGCACUGGACCCGAGUUCAUAGCCUGGGUUCUUGACCCAGCUUGGCUUUUGUCUGCACAUCAUCUGGGACAUCCUGUCCCAUCACUAGGCCAUUUGGAGAAAAGAAAGGUGUGGGGAGUUGGAACAAGUAGCCUCCAAGGUAAUUCCAGCUCUGACUUUUGAUGGCUUCUGAAUCUGCAAUUUAAGAGAUGGGGACAAACUGAACAUGACUGGUGGGUGACCUAGGAUCUGUAUACUUUUGAGGGUGUGCCCAGUGAGUACAGGAAGAGCACCUGCAUGCUCUGGCCCUCACGUCUGUCUUUGUGUUAUUUGUUUGGCCGUCUAGGGCAGUCCUAACUGCCGACUACUGAGCCGUGGGUAUGAAGAGGGUGCCACAGCUGAGGCAGAUGUGGGACAGUGGGUGGGGUUUGUUGCCUUGGACUCCUCUUGCUCUUUGAGCUAGAACAAGUUUGGGCUUUGAGUGCUUGCUGUGGGGGUUCUGUAAGAUGAUCUUUUCUGCUGCUCUUAAGCCUGGGUGCUUUAGAUAAGCGAAGCGAUGAGCAGGGCUGUCCACCACACAGAGCAGAGGAAGUCUAAGACCUCGCCAUAUCUGCCACGAGGCAGCUAAUUGAGUGGUUUACUUUUCAAAUGUUUCCUGUGGGCUGCCCAGUUCCUGGAGUGACCAGUGCCUGUGGUUCCUGAGGCUUGGCUUGAGCCUUUGGGUGCUUGAUUUUGUCACCUACUCCAGGUCACCGGUGCAGGGGAGUGGCAGGGAGGACGGGUCCUGCAUUCCUUGCGGCGCCUGUCUUCUCUGUGUAUUCUGUUUUCCUUUUCUAGUACUCACCCGGUGUCUUGAGGGACCCUUUUCCCAAUUACCUAGUAUGCACCGAAGUGGAGCACGCUCCCUAGGUGCGGGUUGUCAGUUAGUACAAUGGAUUGGCUUAAGACUCAAAGGGUAGAGAGCGCUUUUCUUACUGCCCUGGGCUAGCCUUUAUGGAAAGGAUGCUGAGGCCUCUGAACCCUAUUGGCUGACCCCAGGAGUCUCCAGUAUUCCAGAAGUGAUGUGACCUCCCUUUUAAAGGAUUUGAAGCCUACUCAUCUGCCUAACACUGUGGAUCUGCCGGCACCUCACCAAGCACCAGUGUUGACCACAAAGGAGAGCGCGGGUGUCCAGACGCUGAUGCUGUGGGGAAUGUAGAGCGUUAGCAGUGGUGGCAGAGCUGUGGCUACUCGGGGUCUGAGUAUUCCGGCUAGGGUGCUAUGGUUGAGCCAGUGAAGCAGGUGACCAUCUGGACUGCGUCUUGGGGGGAUUUGGGGGCCAGAGCCAUUGGUUUUGCAUAUUCAGGGUUUGCCCAAGUGAGCUAGAGAGAAGUGGGGUGGGGUGGGGAGAGGGGGAGAGGUCUUUCCAUAUAGCCUCUUGUGUCCUCUCUGGAAGACGCUUGCCUUUUGUGCAGAAGCCUACCAUCCCAAUUAAGCCCUGGCAUGUAAUGGCAGACCCUGCUGCAAAUUCCUGUGUAGUGGCAGGCCCAAGGCCUUCCCAGGGGAACCAUAGGUGGUGGUAGGUGGGACAUGUGGCCACUUGUUUUGCUUUAAAUACCUCAGUCCUUAUUCUGACAGGAUCACUUGUAGGGCCGUGGCCCAUCUCUGCUGCUGCUUUACAAGAUUUUACCCUUGUCUUGGUACCUGUGCUGUGUUCCAGAUGCCAGCCCUGUGACCUGUUGCAUCCAAGAAGGCACUGGGUCCAGCACUGUAGUGUACAUAGCUCAGCACCUUGCUUUUCCCUGGCCAGACAACCCAAAUGGGAGGUUCAAGACCUUAGACAUAAGAUGGCAGCAGUAUUGUUGUGGAGAGGAAAAAACAAACACAAAAACAAAACAUGGUGGCUUGUUCCUCUGAGCUCUGCCAUGACUACAAGUCCCUAGCCUUGGAGCUGAUUCUUACCAUAUAUAUAUAUAUAUAUAUAUAUAUGCAACCCCUGUUGGAGUUCACAGGAACUAUCUGUACUGGGCUGGGUGAUCUUAAAUCACUGCACCAUGGCCCAUUGGUGCUAAUGUUCGUAGAUUUCUCAUUUGUGUACCUGAUUCCAUCUUUCAACCAAGAAUUAAACCUUCACCCCCAGGACAAACUCAGUAUUAGCAACAGACCACUGUAGUUUGGGAAUAGACAAGAGGCAGAAAAUGUUGAUAUAGUGAGAAUGCUUGCUGGUCUGUUGUGAUGGAGUGCUUUUUCAAAUGGACAAUGUGCUCCUUAGCCUUGCAGAUUAGAGAGACAUUCCUCAAUGGAUCAUGAGAUGAACUCAGGAUACAUGUCCAGCCUCAUUUCAUACCUCCUGCCUGUGUGGAAGGAACAAGAGGGGGCCAAGAACAGGCAUGUAUUAGGUCCCACUGUGUGCCUCACUUAAAAAAUGGCUAAGAGCCCAUUAGGUGCUAGGCACUAAUUGAAGUUUUCAAAUGCACCAUCUCCCUUUGCAGAUGGGAUACAGUAGGGAUGGUGCUGGUGUGUGAUGACUGAGUUAAGAUUUCAGGUUGCCAAUUAACUAGCUAGGUGUCCAGGGGCAAAUUAUUCUUGCAUCUGAAAAUGAAGUUUUGUAAUCUAUUUAUAUACAGGGACACAGAAUCCAAGGAUACCGCCUGCACAGGGUGCUUGGCAGACUACAGAAAUGCUCAUGGUACAUCCAGCACAGGACAUAGGUGCAGGGAGACCUGAGACACUGGCCUUGCUUUUCAGUGUAUCUGAUGGGGCCAACUCAUUCCUGUUUUACAGGGAUCUCUAGUACGGGGAACCUUCAAAAGACAUGUUAUCCAAUUCAGGAUACUUAAUCAUGUUGAGGGUUGUUGCUUGGGGACUUAUUUCCUAUUCGGUACAAAAGGGCUUAAUGGAAAUGAAGGAAUUCUGACAAGAAGCAGACAAUAGAGAGGAUGUUGGAGAAGCUGAGUAGGAUCUGGAAUGCAAGAGGUUAGUAGGAACAGAAACAGGCAGUCUUCAUUCCACACGAAUGGCCUGAUUGCACACAAAACAAAUAGUUCUACUUAGCCCUGAAUUAAAGAUGAUCUAUAGAAUCCCAAAGGACAUCAAUUCAACAUUGACCUUCCUUAUACCCAGAAAGAACAUCCUGCCCCACCCCAAUGCCGUUAGGUGCUGAGGACUGCUCUGUCCAGCAGUGACAAGUGUCUGGCUCCCAGUUCCCAGAGCUCUUGUCUUCCAAGCCCUGAUGGAAGAUGUAGAGGAGGGAUAGGUGUCCAUGCCAUUCCCCAGAGUGUUCAGAACCAGAUAAAGCCUGGGGAUGAAGGAAGUGAGUUAUAACAUGAACUACAGGACCAUGGUUGUGACCAGCUAUGAACGGCUACGAGGAGGGACAGGCGGGCACUGUUCUGUGAGUUGGGGAGAGAGACAAUGAGGAUCCAGGAAGGCCAUAGAAAACCUGUGUCUCAAAAUGAGAUCAGGGCCAAAUCACUAUGUCUUGGUCAUGAGGCUGAGAGAAGAUCAAGCCUGUAGCCCAAGGAGAGUGAUGCACAGGUAGGUUAAAGGUCAUCCUUAGCAGAGUGGGCCAGCUGGGUUUUAUUAGAUAAGAAGAAACUAGGGGCUCCAGACCCUGCCCCCCAAAAAGUCCCAAUGUCAGGUGAUCAUCUGUUGGAAAGAAUUCAAAGCACAAACACUGAUCUGCACACGAUUACCACAAGCACAGUUCUGCUCAAUGUCAGUUGCAUUUAUUUAAAGAUGAAUUUUUAAAAGCAGUAUUGAUGGCUUAGGAGGCAGCAGUCACUUCUGGUUUUCCUUUUGACACUAUUUGAAACACUACAAAUCACAGAUGCACCAGUUCUUCCCAAAGACCAUGCCAAGUGUGGUAGAAAGCCUGCACGCCUAGGAAUGGAUCUGUUGGUGGUAUAGGCAUGCUUACAUGUGUUCUGUUCUGAUGAUGAUGUAUACCUGAAGGAAGACAUGGUUAAAAACCAAACUUCAAAAAUAAGAACCCAACCUAAUCCUGAAAUAUAUCUAACUUGAAGUUUUGGAUGGUGUUUUUGAGGAUAAAACUGUCUGGGGUAUUAUAUGUAAAUCAGUAUUUAUGAAUAAGUAAAAGUGUGUUUAGACUAGAUUUGUUUACCUGAUUAAAUGUUUUUGGAAUGUG